AUGAGUGUUUCUUCUGGCAUGGGGGGAUCAAGUGAGAGUAAAUCAAUGGGGAGAAGAACAAUGACAAGGACCGCCGGUUGGAAGUGCAAAUGUGGGAGACAAAGUAUUGUCUAUACCUCCAAAACUGAGAGGAACCCAAAUAGGGCUUUCCUUGGCUGUCCUAAUUUCAAGGAGAGGAAGCCCUAUUGUGAUUUUUUUAGAUGGGUAGAUGACAUGUGUAAUGAACCCAUGGAGCUAGAAGAAGCAAGAAUUCAUACUGUGGAGUUGGAUGUUGCUGAAAUUAACUUCAAGUUGAAAUAUGUGGAGAUGAUGAUGAGAGAGCAAGAUGUGAAGAUUACAGAGCAAGGAAUGAAGAGCUUCAUCAGCAGGAAAGAAAACUGA